AAGAAAAAAAAUCCCUUAAAAAAAGAAUAGUGCUGAGAAUUCCCAGAAGCGAGAGAGAAAGGGAGGCAGAAGCCGGCUCAGCCUCGAAGCGGGGGCCUUGGGCUGCGGACGAGCGGGAGCCCGCGUCGAAAGGAGGAGGCGGGGACCUCGGUGACACCCCUGGAAUGGGCCUCGGAGCGCCCCGGAAGGUGUGGACGCGGGAGCUCUGAGUGAGAAGCUGAGCCGUGGCCAUUAGCACAGGACGUUGCAAACCGAACUUCACUGGGAGGAACGCCUGAGAGAACACGGGCCUCACACCAGCCAGCAGCUUCUCACCGCCUGCCCUUCCCUGUGAGGAGAGGGCUCUGUCCCGCAUCCCCUCCGGUCUUCAAUCUGCCUUCACCUCCAGCACUGAUAGAUCUGCUUGGCAAAGCUGCCUCCAAAGAUUCCUGCUAACGCUUGUCUGUUCCUGCAUCUUGCAAAGCAUGGCGCCCACGGCAUCUUAAACCCAGAUUGUCUGCAGCUGCUCCGGUGGACACUGCAGCUUCGCCGUCCUCCCUCUGGACUCCGGGAGCUGCGCCCGUCCUAGCGAUGCCCUCGAGACCCUCGGCCCCAGCUGGGUGAGACCCUUCCAGAGCAGGACCCGACCUUGCCACCCACCAAGACUCCCACGGUGCCCUCCACCACCUCCCAUGUCUGGCUGCCCAGGCAGGUUCUAGAAUGUCUGUGCCCCAGAGCCGAGGAGAAGACGCAGUCAGUGGGGAAGAAGGGCCGGCAGGCGCAGCCCCGCCUCCCGAUGACCACCUCCGGAGCCUGAAGGCGCUCACGGAGAAACUGAGGCUGGAGACCCGCAGGCCCUCCUACCUGGAAUGGCAGGCCAGGCUGGAGGAGCAAACGUGGCCCUUCCCGAGGCCGGUGGCCGGGCAGCGGGCCUGUGUGGAAGAGGGGCCCCCAGGCCCCCCAGGAGCGCCCAGGCGGCAUCCUCAACCUCAUGGGAUGGCCAGCCAGGAUGAUGGGGCCCCGUGCACGGGCAGGCUGGAGGGCUUCGAGAGCAUCGAUGAAGCUAUAGCCUGGCUCAGGAAGGAACUGACGGAGAUGCGGCUUCAGGACCAGCAGCUGGCCCGGCAGCUCAUGCGCCUGCGCAGUGACAUCCACAAGCUGAAGAUCGAGCAGACCUGCGACCUCCACCGGCGGAUGCUCAACGACGCCACCUACGAGCUGGAGGAGCGGGACGAGCUGUCCGACCUCUUCUGCGACGCCCCGCUCGCCUCCUCCUUCAGUCUCUCCGCGCCACUCAAGCUCAUUGGGGUCACCAAGAUGAACAUCAACUCCCGCAGGUUUUCUCUGUGCUGAGAAGCCCUAAACGGGGCGGUGGAGCCGGACUGAGGGUUUGGGAGGUGGACGGUGGGGGGCGGCGGGGGGCGGGGCGUGGGAAGGAAGCUGAGGCCCAGCUACCCGAGCGGGUCUCCCCGGAGGCAGGGCGUCCCCGAGACCUGUGACACGUGCUCUCAGGGCCCAGCUGUGGAGCUCAGUGUCCCCAUGCCUGGCCCUGGUUUAAUACCCAAAGAGUCCUGCAGAAGGGCUGCCGCAUCCGCUGUUCAGUGAGACCUGGGUCCCCAGGGCACACGUCUCAUCCUCCCCUUAGUGACCCACAUUCCUGUUUCCGGAAUCACUGGUGCUAUGACCUGGGAACCCAAAGGGGGACCAAAGCUGUGAUUCUUGCAGAAGGCUUCCCCAGGUGCACCGACCCCCAGGGGGAGGUGAUUAGAUGUUAGCCGCGCCCAUGUCACUGUUGCUGUCCUCUAAGUACUGGCUCAAAUUCACCCUAAGUGGGUGACUCAGCAGCCUCGACAGGGACCCACCAGCAAAGGAAGACCAAAAGGAGUAACACGUGGAGCUCGGGGAAGCAGGCGCCAGAGCCGCAGCCAGUGCCCCGGAUGAGGUCUCCGACCUCGGCCCUACAAGUGCGGGGUACACUGUUUCCAGUGUGUGUGGUCCCACCAAUGUAGCUGGGGGGGAGCAGGCACACCCGCCCUCUGCUGCCCGUUCUGGCCACGCACACCAGUCCCAACCUCCAAAGAGCCCCUUUGCUGCCACGCUACAACCCUGGGGAGCACCUAGGAGUGGAUUUCCCCGGGGAGGGUGGGGCAGCAGAGGCCUCCUGGUGUAUUCCGACGGUGUCACCUCCGUCACCUUCGUGCCCUCCCCAAAAGCUCGCCCUGAGCCUCCACUGAGAUUCUGUGCCUGACUUAAACAACUAAUUUUAAUUGAAUCAGACUGUUACUAACCUGUGGCUAACUUGUCAAUAACUGUUUGAUUUUUGUCCAAAUGGCGAAGCCAGUGGGUAGGUCAAGUACAGAGGUUCAGGGUUUGAUUUUAGAAGAUUCUCCCUCAAGACAAGUGGGAGGAUCGGCAAGGUAAGGACUGAGACCUCAGCAAGUUAGGAAGUUACCCCAGUAGAACGCCCCGUGCGGGGGGUGGGGGGGUGGGCUGACCUUUGACCCAUCUAGCC